UCCAUCCUACAGUGACAGAGCCAGACGGAGUCCCUGAACCCUUGUGCCUUCAUCCUCCUGACUCUGCAUCCUACGCUGGACUGAGGCCUCUGAACGCGCUCAUCUCCAUCCCCCGUGAGCCUCCAUCCCACACUGGGCUGAGGCCUCUGAGCCUCCAGGCUUCUGCCUCGUGCUGAGCUGAGGCCCCAGUCCCCAUGCGCCUCCAUCCCCACGUGGGAGGAGAGCUGGUGGGCGGCCGGAGGCUCCAGCCUUCCGGGCUCUUUGGCUCAGGCCGCUGUCCCUGAGCUCUCCCUGUCCCGGGAGGGCAGCUGGAGCCAUGGAGAGGCAGGAGUACAGCCUCUGCUCGGCCCCGAGCCUGCGGUGCGGGAAGGGAACGGACCUGGUGCCCGUGUGCGAAAGCUGCGAGACCUGCGUCUUGGCCUGGAGGAUCUUCUCCACCAAGGAGUGGUUCCUGCGGGCCGGCGCGCUCACCCGCAGGAGGUUCCUGCAGGGCAUCGUCAAGCGCUUCGACAGCUUCAAUCUGCUCUGCUACACCGAGAGGCUCCUGAGAGUGACCCAGGAGAAGGAUUUCACUUAUGUGCGCUCCGAGAUCACCUAUGGCCUCAGUGACCGGGACGUGUCCAGCUUCAACGGCGCCCUGGAUCCGUGGAGACUAGAGCAAGACAUACAGGACACGUGGUGGUGGUUCGCAAAGAGCAGCUACUGGACCAAAGCAAAUUACACCCUGCACUUACUGAAGCUCUGCGAUGCCAAGCUGCUGUUUGUGGUGGCUGACCUGGUGCGAGAACAGACCGUCUUGGCGAGAACAGGUGGUCAGCUAUCAACUAGCCUGUCUGUGUGUCCCCAGAACGGUGAGCACGUCUUCCAGAAGGGACCUGGUAUGGAUAAAUCCUCUACUGCGCCCUUGGUCGCUACAGGUGUCUCUGUGGUUCCAGCAUCUUUCCACUCGGUCUUUCAUAUCAACAAGUACAAGGACUUCAUUCGCUGCCUGCCAGCUCACCUGUCCAAGUACAUCCUGGCGCUUUUGGAUCGAAAAUCCCUCAGCACAUGUGUGGCUGUGAGUAAAUGUUGGGCUUUUCUGGCCAAGGARGUGAAGAGGGAACAUGUUUCACAGAAAAUAACCCAAGAAGAGAUCGUGUGCUUGCAGGGAUCGUGCCCUCGGGGAGUGGUUUCCAACUACGCUAAAAUAGUCAAUGUGACCAUUCCACGGUUGAACAAAGAUGGAAAUAUCAUUCAACUGAAAGACCAAAAAUGGACUAGUAAGUUGAAGGAGGAUGAGGAAGAUAGUCUGCAGUUAGCUUACCAUGGUCUGAAAACUGACACCGUACAGUUGGAAGAAAGAAAUGUCUUCUGUGGCUCCUACAAUAUUCGUGUCCUCACGGACCAAUUAGACCCGAACAGAGUAAUUCACUACAGUGGUGGAAACUUGGUAGCUGUUGGUUCUGCAGACCGAAAAGUGAGAUUUUUGGGCGUGCUGGAAAUGAAAGAAGUGCUGCCAAUGCUCUCGGGCCACGCUGGGAGCAUCAAAGCGCUCUACCUCAAUGAGAAGGAAGGAUUCGUUCUCAGCGCAAGCUUUGAUCUCAGCAUCAGAUGCUGGGAUAUAUACAGUGGUGUUUGUACGAAAAUCUUUAACGGUCACUCGGGGACCAUCACCUGCCUGGAUUUACUCAAAAAUAAGUUUGUGUCAGGAGCCAAAGACGGGAUGGUGAAAGUGUGGGAUCUGGAAAGCAGGAGAUGCCUCAGGACUCUGAAGCACAACAGUACCAUUUGGGUAGUCAAAAUGAACGGCACCCACGUGGUCAGCGGCUGUGACAAUGGGCUCGUGAAGGUCUGGAACAUGGAGAGCGGCACUCUGAUCAAAGUAUUAGAAGGGCACCAGGGCCCAGUGAAGUGCUUAUCCUUCGACCAGUGGCACUUGGUCACGGGWAGCACUGACGGAUACGCCCUGGCCUGGAGCAUGGUGGGGAACUACAAGAGGUGCCUGACUGCCUUCCGUCACCCCAAAGCAGUCCUGUUUCUGGAGUUUCUCUAUCUCCGAGUCAUCAGUGGCUGUGCCGACGGGAAGAUCCGCAUCUUCAACUACCUGACUGGAAGCUGCCUCAAGGUGAUGCGGGCCAACAGCAGGGGGGACCCCAUAUCCUCCUUCUGUGUUGCAGAAAACAGGUUAGUGACCACGGUUGCCAUCAGCCCCUGAACUACCGAACUGCAACCUAAUUGUAGGGACUAGAUUAGCCAGCAGAGCCUAAUUGUAGGGACUAGACAACAAGCGAUCGUKGCUUGUCACCUACUUAGGUAAGCAGUGGUUUCCUCACUGUAUAAGCAGUGGUUUCCCAAGGUCUGUAACACAUGUGAACAAAUGGAUCCUUCAGCGCAGCGCUAAGGACAGCU